AGAGUCCUUAUCAAUCAUCAUCGUAUACGGUAUAAAAACAAGGGUCCCUGCGCUCACUCAAUCACGCAAACAAAAGAAAACUCAUAUCCCAUUCAUUGAGCGAUUGCAUUCAAAGAGGAGAGCUGCAGAAGAUCCCUAGUUUCCAAGAGAUGUCUUCUUCAGCCAUGAACCCAAGUUCCAUGAAUCUCAACACAGUUGAACCUCUCACGGGUGUCAACUAUAAGAAGUGGAAACAGGAUUUGGAGAUACUUUUGGGUGUCAUGGAUAUGGAUUUGGCGCUAAGAACUGAAGAACCACCAACGCCAAAUGAAGGAUGCACUUCGAGCCAAAGAUCCAAGCAUGAAAAAUGGGAGAAAUCAAACAGAAUAUGCCUCAUGAUAAUCAAAAGGUCCAUGACUGAUGUAGUUCGUGGAGGCUUCCCAGAGGCAACUAAUGCAAAGGAGUUCAUGAAAUCGAUCGAAGAGAAGUACAAAGAAUCUGAAAAAACAAAAACUGGGAACUUGAUGAACUUGCUGACAACUAUCAGAUACGAUGGUGAAGGGAGUGUCUGUGAAUACAUUCUCAAGGUUAUGGACAUUGCUGGGAAGCUUAGAAUACUCGAGGUACCUAUUUCUGAAACAUUUUUGGUCCAUGUCAUCAUGAAUUCCUUGCCUAGUUCUUAUACUCAGUUGAAAGUAUCCUAUAAUGCACUGCAAGCAAAGUGGGAUGUCAAUGAAUUAAUCUAUAUGUGUGGGUGAGGAAGUGAGGAUUAAGAAGGAAAGGGCUGAAAAGGAAAAGGGUGAGUCAGUGAAUUUUGUUCAAGGUUAUGCAAAGAAUACCAAUAACAACAACUCGGAUACUGCCAAAAGGAAUUCUGCCAGAAACAUUCCUCCCUCUAAAAAGACCUUCAAAGUUAAUAACUCAUCAAUUUUUAAGUGUUAUUUUUGCAAAAAGACAGGCCAUAUGAAGAGAAAUUGUCCUAAGUACAAGUCAUGGCUUGCCAAACAAGAGGCAAAGAAAAGUAAAAAUAAUUUUUCAAAUGUUUUUGCUUGUUUUGAAUCGAAUUUGAUUGAUACACCUAGCAGUGCUUGGUGGCUUGAUUCCGGCUCUUCCAUUCACGUUACAAAUUCAUUGCAGGACUUCAUAACAAAGAGAACACCAAAUAAGGAUGAAGUCAAGGUUUCAGUUGGCAAUGGAAGAAGAGUUGAAGUCAAGGCACUAGGGACUGUUAGAUUAAAAUUAGAUUUUGGUUUUUGCUUGGAGCUAGAAAAUGUAGUCUAUGUACCUUCCAUGAGAAGGAAAUUAGUUUCCGUUUCUAAGUUAGUAUUAUUGGGAUUUUAUUUUACUUUAAAUAAUAUUGGCUUCAAUGUUUUUUAUAAAUCUUCUCAUAUUGGCACUGGA